AACCCCACAUGCCUCUGUUACACAAAGAAGGGUAAAGCGACAAGCUAUUUCCUGCAAGGGUUUUGUUGUUUCUUUAUUAAACAAAGGUAAAGGGAAAGGUUAUUGGACUGCUCACUGUUUAAGCAGCUAAUAUGGACGAGUAUUAGGGGUUUUGUGGCUAAAAUAUAUCUGUUCCCUUGUAUUUAUUACAAUGUGGUUCUUCAUUUGUUGACCCAUUUCUUUGUUAUUGUUCUUUUACUUCUGUACUCUGUCUCUGUGAACUGCUGCUCGAGGGUAAGCUAAAACCCAUGUGUAAGUUGUUCUAAAGCUCCUCUAUCUGAAGUUGGAGUCCUCAUAUAGUGGAUGAUUCUGCUGCGGCUGCAUUGUUAAUGAAAGUUGAGAUCUUGGCAAGAAAAAUACUGCAUUUUCUCUCUUGUUAGAUCUCUUAAUGGGGCCCAGCUUGGGUUAGAUUUAAUGCUUUGGUGAAGUUUGCGUGGCUGAAACAAUAUUCUUAUUAGAAGCAGUAUCUUUCUCAUUUGAAGCAGAGUCAGUCUCGUGAAGCUGUGGUUUCUCGAAAUUUGGUCUAGUAUCAGGUAAGAAGUGAUGGGUUGGUGAACUCAUUUUGGGAUUUUUCAGUUGAAUGUGGGAAAUUUUCGUGUUUUGUUUUCUGAAGGAGUAAAUGUCUUUCUAUAGAAGACGCUUUUGCUGGGUCUCUCUUACUUUUCACUGUUAAAUGGUAGAAACUUAGUUGAAAUCUCUGAUUCAUAUAGCUUAAACUUGAAAGCUUCACUUCUUUAGAAGAUACAUCUUCUCUCUGGUUGUGGAAGGCCUGUUUCUUACAAUAUUGAAGCAGCUCUUUUUGAUUCUAUAUCCAGCUGUGAAGGUCUGAAAUUCAUUUGGGUUUGUUAAAUGCAAUAUCCCUCUUCUCUUUCUUGACGUUACUAUAUUUACCUUUGAGGAGCCUUUGAAUAUGAAGCUCUUUAGACUUCUAGUGUUAUGCCUAUUUGUCCUUUCUGCCAUGGGUCAGCUUCCUUCACAGGACAUACUGGCAUUGCUUGAAUUCAAGAAGGGUAUCAAGCAUGACCCUACUGGUUAUGUCCUUAGCUCAUGGAAUGAUGAGUCCAUUGAUUUUGAUGGCUGUCCUUCCUCUUGGAAUGGUGUUGUUUGUAAUGGUGGAAAUGUUGCAGCUAUUGUCGUCGAUAACUUGGGUCUUUCCGCUGAAGCAGACUUGAGUGUGUUUGCAAACCUUACAAAGCUUGUCAAACUCUCCAUGUCAAACAACUCUAUGACCGGAAAGAUUCCUGACAAUAUAGGCGACUUCAAAAGCCUUGAGUUCCUAGAUGUGUCUAACAAUCUCUUUUCAUCUUCCUUACCAGCAGGAUUUGGUAAAUUAGGGAGCUUAAAAAACCUCUCAUUGGCUGGGAACAACUUCUCUGGCUCAAUUCCUGAUACAAUUUCAGGGCUUGUAUCAAUCCAGUCUUUGGACUUGAGCCGCAACUCCUUUUCAGGGUCAUUGCCCCAGUCAUUGACAAGGUUGAAUAAUCUGAUGUAUUUAAAUGUAUCUUCUAAUGGGUUCACUAGAAGAAUUCCAAGGGGGUUUGAGAUGAUUUCAGGUCUACAGGUUCUUGACUUGCAUGGGAAUACAUUCGAUGGUCAUCUAGAUGGCGAGUUUUUUCUUCUAACUAAUGCAAGUCAUGUUGAUUUUAGUUCGAAUAUGCUAGUGAGCUCUAAUCCUGAUAAGUUAAUGCCUGGUCUUUCUGAAAGCAUUAAGUACUUAAAUCUCAGCCACAACCAGCUUACUGGAUCAUUGAUAAGUGAAGGUGAGCUGCGCUUGUUUGCGAGCUUGAAGGUAUUGGAUUUGAGCUACAAUCAACUCUCUGGAGACUUGCCUGGAUUUGAUUUUGCUUAUGACCUUCAGGUCCUUAGGCUCAGCAAUAACAGGUUCUCGGGGUUUAUUCCUAAUGACCUUUUGAAAGGGGAUUCAGUACUACUAACUGAACUGGAUUUGAGUGCCAACAAUCUCUCAGGACCAGUAAGUAUGAUAAUGUCAACAAAUUUACGUGUCCUUGAUCUAUCAUCAAAUGGGCUUGUAGGUGAACUUCCUUUAUUGACAGGAAGCUGUGCUGUGCUUGAUCUAUCAAGCAAUCAAUUUGAAGGAAACCUAACCAGAAUAGCAAAGUGGGGGAACAUCGAAUAUCUUGAUCUCAGCCAUAAUCGUUUGACAGGACCUAUUCCUGAAUUACUUCCUCAAUUUUUGCGUUUAAAUUAUCUCAACCUCUCCCACAAUUCUCUCACUAGUGCUGUCCCAAAAGUUGUUGCUCAGUAUCCAAAGCUUAAAAUUCUAGAUCUCAGUUCCAACCAGUUAGAUGGAGUUCUUUUGACUGAUCUAUUAACGUUGCCUACUUUGCAAGAACUCCACCUUGAAAAUAAUGUACUCAGUGGUCCUAUUGAAUUCUCUCCUCCUAAUAGUGAAUCCAAUCUUCAAGUAAUUGACCUUUCCCGCAAUAAACUUGGUGGUUACUUUCCUGAUGGAUUUGAUUCACUGACUGGUCUUCAAGUGCUCAAUAUUGCAGGGAAUAAUUUCUCAGGAUCUCUGCCAACUUCCAUGGCUGACAUGACCUCAUUAAGCAUGUUAGAUUUAUCCCAAAAUCAUUUCUCAGGUCCUCUACCAAACAACUUGUCUAAUAGCCUCGGAAGCUUUAAUGUUUCUUACAAUGAUCUUUCUGGGUCUGUCCCAGAAAACCUUAGAAGGUUCCCUAGUUCUUCUUUCUAUCCUGGAAAUGCCAGAUUGCGAGUUCCUAGUGGACCUCCUGGAUCAAGUAAUUUUCCAGCUGAAAAUUCUAGGAGGAAACCAAUCAACACUAUUGUCAAGGUGGUAGUAAUAGUCUCAUGUGUAAUUGCAGUGAUCAUUCUCAUUAUGCUUGCUAUCUUCAUAAAUUACAUCCGUAUAUCAAGGAGACCUCCACCAGACCAUGUCUCAAGCAAAGGUAUCCUCAGGCGUACUCCAACAAACCCAUCUGGUAUUAGUGGAACAGAAAGUGGUGGUGCCUUGGUCGUUUCAGCGGAGGAUCUUGUAGCAUCACGGAAAGGUUCAUCAUCGGGGAUUAUCAGUCCAGAUGAGAAAAUAGCAUCUGUAACUGGGUUCUCACCAUCAAAGCACAGCCAUUUGUCUUGGUCACCAGAAUCUGGGGACUCGGUCGCAGCUGAAACACUUGCAAGAUUGGAUGUAAGGUCACCAGAUCGAUUAGUUGGUGAGCUUUAUUUUCUUGAUGAUACAAUCACAUUAACACCCGAGGAGCUGUCAAGGGCCCCAGCGGAGGUGUUGGGCAGGAGCAGUCAUGGGACGUCAUACAGGGCAACACUGGAUAAUGGGAUGUUCUUGACUGUGAAAUGGCUGAGAGAAGGGGUGGCAAAGCAGAAAAAAGAGUUUGCGAAGGAAGCUAAAAAGUUUGCAAACAUCAGGCAUCCAAAUGUGGUGGGUCUGAGAGGAUACUACUGGGGACCCACACAACAUGAGAAGCUCAUUUUGUCAGAUUAUAUCUCGCCUGGAAGUCUUUCAAGCUUUCUCUAUGAUCGACCUGGAAGAAAAGGUCCACCAUUAACCUGGGCACAGAGGCUCAAAAUAGCGGUUGACAUUGCACGUGGCCUGAACUAUCUCCAUUUUGAUCGUGCUGUUCCUCAUGGGAACAUUAAAGCAACAAACAUACUGCUAGAUGGGCCUGAUCUCAAUGCUCGUGUUGCUGAUUACUGCCUCCAUAGACUAAUGACUCAAGCUGGUACCAUUGAGCAGAUACUUGAUGCUGGGGUGUUGGGGUAUCGUGCGCCAGAGUUGGCUGCAUCCAAGAAACCAAUUCCCUCGUUCAAGUCAGAUGUUUAUGCAUUUGGAGUGAUACUAUUGGAGCUUUUAACCGGCAGGUGUGCUGGUGAUGUGAUUUCUGGGGAAGAAGGAGGUGUUGAUUUGACUGAUUGGGUGCGGUUAAGAGUGACAGAGGGUCGUGGCUCAGAUUGCUUUGAUCCUGCAGUGAUGCCAGAAAUGUCUAAUGCAGCAGUUGAAAAGGGAAUGAAGGAGGUCCUUGGACUAGCACUACGGUGCAUAAGAUCUGUAUCUGAGAGGCCAGGUAUCAAGACCAUAUAUGAAGAUCUUUCAUCCAUUUAGUUUGUUGUGAAAUCUGAUUGGGUUGAACUUGAUGUUUUUUGGGGUUUAAUAUCUCAUUGGCCUCCCUUUUUUUUUGAAUCUUUGAUUUCGGCCAUUUUAGCAUUCUUAGCUAAUUCUAUCAAUCAUUGCUGUAAAAAGAAAGAGCAUACUUUGAAUUGAUGCAAGAAUUUCAGAUGUUUGCUAUUUCCA